AUGUUCGGAACUGUGAAAGGAUGGGCUUAUCCAUCACGAAAAGGCGGACGAAGUGUGAGAUGUCAAGAGUGUGAAUGUCUCUUCACCCCGCAAGACUUCGUUGCCCAUUCCCACAGCGACAAAAACGAGUCCCAGAGAACAGUGCAUUGGGGAUUCGAUCCUUCAAAUUGGCGCCUCAUGUUGGAACUGGCCAAACCCUCCUCUGACAACAGCGUUAGCAAAGAACGAUGGAAAGAAUUUAUUGAUGAACCUACUAUUCAGUCAUGUGGUGCCUCUGAAAAUUUCGAAGAAUAUCCUGUCAACAAGGCAAAGCGAACGUUCACUGAUCAAUCAUUGGAGGUCCCAACCAAAGUCGCUCGAAAUGAUGACGUCACAGAAACAGAUAAAAUUGAAAAGCCACUACCUCUCUUCUCGGACCCAUCGAAUUUGUCCAAGUUGUAUCUACGUGACAAUAUGAAUAGACUUUUCGGUACCAAACCGGUUGAUCCCCUCGGACUUCUUGGCGAUAUAAUGCAGAAAGAAGCUGCUUUCAAAGUUAAGUCGUUGGCGGCGAUCAAAGAGCAACCUUCUGGAAUCGACCUCUUGUUACCUCUCAGCCAACAAACCAAUUCUGUUGUUCCACAUCCCGAUACCUUCAAGACAGCGGGCGAAUCAGCGAAGGAGCUACGGUCGAAUUGUGAUCAAUUAGAAGCCCUGGAAUCUCUCCUGAGUCAAACGUCGGGCAUUAGUCCCACCAUAACGAAUACUCUACGUGAGAUUCGAACGUCACUCACGAAGGGCACUAUGGUCGAGUACGAGCGAUUGCGGCAUGCAUACGAGUUCCUGUUCACCUUGUACCGGCAAAUGUGUGAUCCAAUUGGCUGUAUGACCGACCCCGUAAUGCAGCCGUGUCUUGCAAAAUUACAAGCUGAUCAAGCACCUCUGGGUACGAUGACCGAUUCGAGCGAUUCUUUACGGGUACAAACUCUUGCCGAUUUAGCGCAGGAACAAGCUAAAUUAGGCGUCGUUAAAUCAGUUCAGCAGCGUUCCAAAGGCGAUGAUGCCGUUGCAACCUUUCCCUACCUUGUCGGCACCUGCUGA